AUGGGUGUUAUAGAUAAAAUCAAGGCCAUCGAGGAGGAGAUGGCGCGUACGCAGAAGAAUAAAGCCACCGAACAUCAUUUAGGUUUAUUGAAAGGUAAGCUAGCUAGAUAUAGACAGCAGCUUUUGGCUGAUGAGGCUGGCAGUGGUGGUUCUGGUGGUGGUUCUGGGUUUGAAGUUGCGAAAUCCGGUGAUGCUCGUGUGGUGUUAAUUGGGUACCCUUCUGUUGGUAAAUCUUCUUUGUUAGGUAAGAUAACAUCCACUAAAUCUGAGAUUGCUCACUACGCAUUUACAACCUUGACUUCAGUUCCGGGUGUACUUAAGUAUCAGGGUGCAGAGAUUCAAAUUGUGGAUUUGCCAGGUAUUAUUUAUGGUGCUUCCCAAGGUAAAGGUCGUGGUAGACAAGUGGUUGCUACAGCUAGAACUGCAGAUUUGAUUCUAAUGGUCUUAGAUGCUACCAAGGGUGCUCAUCAAAGAGAGUCCUUGGAGAAGGAAUUGGAGGCUGUUGGGAUUCGUCUAAACAAAGAAAAACCAAAUAUUUACUUCAAGAAGAAAGAAACUGGAGGUAUCAAGAUAACAUUCACAGCACCUUCUAAAUCUAACUUGACAGAAGAUGCCAUAAAACUAAUUUUGAGGGACUACAGAAUUCAUAACGCGGACGUUCUUGUACGUGAUGAUCAAUGCACUAUCGACGACUUCAUUGAUACUUUGAAUGAACAACACAGAAAUUACAUCAAGUGUUUAUACGUAUACAACAAGAUUGAUGCGGUGUCACUAGAAGAAGUCGACAGACUAGCAAGAGAACCAAAUACUGUUGUGAUGUCUUGUGAAAUGGAUUUGGGUUUGACCGAUGUCGUGGAUGAAAUUUGGUACCAAUUGAACUUAAACCGUGUAUAUACAAAGAAGCGUGGUAUCAAACCAGACUUCUCAGAUCCUUUAGUGGUAAGGAAUAACAGUACGGUGGGAGACCUUUGCCAUAGUAUACACAGAGACUUCAAGGAUAAGUUCAAGUAUGCUUUGGUAUGGGGUUCAUCCGCUAAACAUUCGCCUCAAAAGUGUGGGUUAAACCAUAAGAUUCACGACGAGGACGUGGUGAGUUUAUUCACCAAGUAA